GGCCAGCCAAGCUUCCUGGCCUGGGCUUCGAGGCCUCCCCCUGCCCGAGCGCGCAGCUGCUUCGCAGAUGGCACCCGGAGCCCGAGGCCCCGCCGCCGCCACAACCCUCCUUCUCCUCCUCCUCCUCGGUGUCGUCGCCGCCGCCGCCCAGCCGCCCCUGGAGGCCUUCCAGGCGGGCCACAGCGCCCCCUUCUCCUCGCUGCCCGCCGCUGCUUCGGUGGCGCCUCACAGACGGUACCUUUUGUAUGAUGUAAAUCCACCGGAAGGUUUCAACCUCCGUAGAGAUGUCUACAUUCGGAUUGCCUCUCUUAUAAAGACUUUGUCAAAAAGCGAAGCUUGGGUAUUGGUCUUACCACCCUGGGGACGUCUCUAUCACUGGCAGAGCCCUGAUAUACAUCAGGUCCGAAUUCCGUGGUUUGAAUUUUUUGAUGUUCCAAGCCUCAAUAAAAACAUACCUGUAAUUGAAUAUGAACAGUUUCUCGCAGAAUCAGGUGGACCUUUUAUUGAACAAAUAUAUGUCCUGCAAAACUAUGCUGAAGGAUGGAAAGAGGGGACUUGGGAGGAGAAAAUAAAUGAAAGGCCAUGCAUUGAUCAGCCCACUUAUUCCAUGGACAAACAGAAAUACUACAGGGGAUGGUUCUGGGGCUAUGAGGAGACACGAGGCCUUAAAUUGGCCUGUUUAUCAGUCCAGGGUUCCGCUUCCAUCAUAGCUCCUCUUCUUUUGAAUACUUCAUCUCGGUCAGUGAUGCUAGACAGAGCAGAAAACCUUCUCCAUGACCACUAUGCUGGCAAAGACUAUUGGGAUACUCGUCGAAGCAUGGUGUUUGCGAAGCACUUGCGUGUGGUGGGAGACCUCUUUAGAGCCAAAUAUCUCAAUUCCACUGAUGAGAAGGACAGGACGCGGUACAAUGAAGACUGGACAAAGAUGAAGGUGAAACUGGGCACGGCCCUUGGUGGCCCCUACCUGGGGGUUCAUCUCAGGCGCAGAGACUUCGUCUGGGGUCACAGAAACGACGUGCCGAGCCUCCGGGGCACAGUUAAGAAAAUCACCAGCCUGAUGAGCCUGCAGAAACUCGAGAGAGUGUUUGUCGCCACGGACGCCGUGGCAGACGUGUAUUUUAACGUCUAG